GUGGAUGUAUGCAUGAAAGUGGUAAUGGUAAUCCUAUGUAAACAGUCCCAGUCCUAGAUAAAUCAUCAUCAUCUAGUUUGUUGUUGAUCCCCGCCUCCCACCUCCUCAACUCACUGUUUCACCUUCUGCGUUAUCCUCUUUCUUCCCCACUCCAAAACCCUCCGUUUUCUUUUCAUUAAUCUCAGAUCACACCGCCGCAAAACCCUAGAAUUUUCGGCUCUUCAUUUUUCUGUUUCCGAUCUUGCUCCGACAUUUAUUGUGACUUGGAUUGGGAAUGGCAGGUGGAGGAAGCAAGAAAGAUGAUGCGCCUGUCAUAAACAGCACCAACGUCUUCGCGGCGCUAGGCAGCUUGAAGAAAAAGAAGAAGAAGCCCGACAAGGAGCAGGGCCCGUCCAAGGUCGAGGACCCUCAGAAGAAGGAUGUUUUCUGGGCUCCCGCGCCGCUUACUUCUAAAUCCUGGGCCGAUGUCGACGACGAGGAUGAUGACGACUAUUACGCUACCACCGCUCCUCCUGAAUCCGGUUGGGCCGCUCCGCCUGCUUCCGAGACGGUAGCUCAAAACGACGCAGUUGCUGAGGAAAGUGAGAGUGAGUCAGAAGGUCUCGAUGAUGCUGAUGAUGAUGCUGAGGAGGAACAUGAAAAUGACUUAGAUGUGCCAGAAGAAGUCGAACCUGUUCCUCAGAAGCCUGCUGAACCUCCAGUGGUUACAAAGGAAGCUGAAAGGCAACUUUCAAAGAAGGAAUUGAAGAAAAAGGGGCUUGAAGAACUUGAAGCUGUUUUGGCUGAGCUAGGAUACUCUUCAAAGGAACCCUCUAGCCAGGAUGAUUCCCAAGGUGCUGAGAAGAAAGAAGAGGAUAUCAAUGGUUCUCUGGAAAAGAAGGAGAAUGCUACUGGGGAAAGUAAAAAUGCUAAAAAGAAAAAGAAGAAGGACAAAUCUUCGAAGGAGCAGAAAGAAACACAAGAGCAGCCUGAUGGUGUGGAGGCUGGAAAUACUACUUCUGAAACUGCUGAAACAGAGAAGACUGAGGAUAAUUCUGCAAUUGAUGUUAAAGAGAGGCUUAAGAAAGUUGCUUCAAUGAAGAAGAAGAAAUCAAGCAAGGAGAUGGAUGCUGCCGCACGUGCUGCAGCCAAUGAGGCUGCUGCAAGGAGUGCAAAGCUGGCUGCAGCCAAGAAAAAAGAGAAAGCUCACUACAAUCAGCAGCCAGUGCGGUAAACAGAUGGUCAAAGUUAUUGUAUCUUCUCUUUUGGUGUUUAAUUUUCCUUUGGUCCUUUCCAUUUUGCUAUCUUUCUAUAUCAUAGAUAUGAGCAUAUGCUCUUUGUUCAUUUGCAAAUGCAAAAUAAACAUUGGAGCGGCUUUAGUUAA